AUGCAAGCAUCUAUUGGAGCUGAUACAGAGAUUCAAAAUGCUUCUGCUGUUGACGUUCAUGACGCACCACCUGUAGAAAAGGAAUGGUCGGAUGGCUUUGAUGACAAUGAGGUCCUGAAAGGGGAUACGGUAGAGGCACCAAAGAGAGGACUCCUGGGUUAUCUUACUAUCUAUUUACUAUGUUAUCCUGUAUCCUUCGGAGGGUUUCUACCUGGCUGGGAUAGUGGUAUUACAGCAGGUUUCAUCAACAUGGAUAACUUCAAAAUGAAUUUUGGGUCCUACAAGCACAGUACUGGGGAAUAUUAUUUGAGCAACGUGCGUAUGGGUCUUCUGGUGGCAAUGUUCAGUGUCGGAUGUGCUAUAGGAGGCCUUAUCUUUGCCCGUUUCGCCGAUAAAUUGGGCAGAAGAUUAGCAAUUGUGAUCGUGGUGUUGGUGUAUAUGGUGGGUGCUAUUAUUCAGAUUAGUUCAAGCCACAAAUGGUACCAAUACUUUGUUGGUAAGAUUAUUUACGGUCUCGGUGCUGGUGGUUGUUCGGUGUUGUGUCCGAUGCUUCUGUCUGAAAUAGCUCCGAAGGAUCUAAGAGGCGGGCUUAUUUCGUUAUACCAAUUGAACAUGACCUUUGGCAUUUUCCUAGGUUACUGUAGUGUUUAUGGAACAAGAAAAUACGAUGAUACUGCACAGUGGAGAGUGCCUCUCGGUUUAUGCUUCUUGUGGGCCCUGAUUAUCAUCGUUGGUAUGUUAUUAGUUCCAGAGUCACCAAGAUAUCUGAUCGAACGUGAAAAACAUGAGGAAGCACGUAUUUCCCUUGCCAAGAUCAACAAGGUUUCCCCAGAUGAUCCAUGGGUACAGAGACAGGCUGAAGAAAUUAUCGCCGGUGUGGUGGCGCAGAGAGAGCUAGGAGAAGCCUCAUGGAAAGAGCUUUUCUCGGUGAAGACCAAAGUGCUUCAGCGUUUGAUUACCGGGAUACUCAUACAAACUUUCUUGCAACUUACCGGUGAGAACUACUUUUUCUUCUACGGAACUACCAUUUUCAAAUCAGUCGGGCUUACCGAUGGUUUCGAGACCUCAAUCGUCUUGGGUACAGUGAAUUUCUUCUCCACUAUUAUUGCCGUGAUGGUCGUGGACAAAAUUGGUCGUCGUAAGUGUCUGCUAUUCGGAGCAGCUGGGAUGAUGGCCUGUAUGGUCAUUUUCGCAAGUAUCGGUGUGAAAUGUCUUUACCCACACGGUCAGGAUGCACCUUCUUCGAAGGGUGCAGGUAAUGCUAUGAUUGUGUUUACCUGUUUCUACAUAUUCUGCUUUGCAACUACAUGGGCUCCUGUUGCCUAUAUUGUGGUGGCCGAGUCGUUCCCUUCGAAGGUCAAGUCUAGAGCUAUGUCGAUUUCGACUGCCUUCAACUGGUUAUGGCAAUUUUUGAUUGGUUUCUUCACACCAUUUAUCACCGGAUCUAUCCAUUUUUACUACGGAUAUGUCUUCGUGGGCUGUUUGGUGGCUAUGUUUUUGUAUGUUUUCUUUUUGUUGCCAGAAACUAUUGGGCUGUCUUUGGAGGAAAUCCAACUACUCUAUGAAGAAGGUGUAAAGCCAUGGAAAUCUGCAUCUUGGGUCCCACCUUCAAGAAGGGGAAGCUUUUCCGAGGAGAUUGAGACUCAGAAGAAGGAUUGGAAGAAAUUUUUGAAGUUCUCGAAGAGUUCUGAUUGA